AUGUUACCUGUUACAAAGCCAGGAAGUCCACAGCCCGAUGGCAGUUCGAUGGAAAAGCCUCCCAUCGCGGGUAUACCUCGAGUCGCACCGACAACCAAAUUCAACGCACCUGUUCACAUAGACGUCGGUGGCACCAUAUACACAUCCUCGUUGGAAACAUUAACAGCGUAUCCGGAUUCCAGGCUCGGUAAGAUGUUCAACGGCACUAUACCUAUCGUCUUGGAUACCCUCAAGCAGCAUUAUUUCAUAGACAGGGACGGAGGCAUGUUUCGUCACAUUCUUAACUUCUUGCGGAACAAGAAGCUACUGCUGCCUGCGGACUUUCCUUAUUUGGACUUACUAAUACACGAAGCUCAUUAUUUUGAACUUGACCAUAUGGUCUUUGCCUUAACAAAAUUGAAAACCGAACGCGACGGAGUGAAACAGGAUCGCGAUUGGUUGAGUCAAGCCACAGAGCGUUUGAAACAAGAGACAGAACUGCUAAUGCAAGAGAGAGAUAGACUGCAACAGAGGUGGUCGUGA